UUCCCAUAAAUGAACUAAAACCCUGCAGGGAACCCUAAAACCCUCCCUCCGAAACACAAAUCCCACUUCGAAGGACGAAAGCUGCAACAAUGGCUGAUUCGGAAGCAAAACCUAAGAAGAGACAAACGAAGAAUAACAAAAAGAGAAAGCUAAGGAGCCCCGAAGAAACUGAAAGACCUCCCAAAACGCACCGUUCAGAGAAACGGAGAGAACAAACCGAGGUUGGGCAUGUUCAAGAGUUGGAAGGAAGAGAGCUGAAUCAGGAGCUCCUCGGAGAAGAUUCUCCAUGGAGGAACCUGCAGUUGAUUUUGUCGUUACAGAACAAAGAGCUCGAUCUUCAGAAGAAAGUGGAAUUAGCUUCCAGUUUUGUGAAAAUGAGGGUCUCAGAAGAAGGCAAUGAUGCUGAUCAAGAUUAUCAACCAGUGAAAUUAUCACGGUUGAUAGUUUUCCUUAAUGAUUGGAUCCAGUCUUUGUUGAUUUCUUCAGACAAGAAAAUGAGGGGUGACAGGCAGAAACCUCAGGCUGAGGUUAUUGAGGCAUGUUUAGAUUUUAGAUGCUGGGAGAUUUUCUUAUUUUGCUUGAAGGAGUCGUUGAGAUUGCAAGUUUCUUUGAAUUUCUCACGAAACCUUUUACGGUCUGUUUCUUCUAUUGCAAAAAAUGCAGCAUCUCUCGUGAACAACACAUUCUUGUGUUCACAAGAAUCCUUUUUUAUUGGUGAAGAUUUUAAGCUGUACAGUACCGUGCUUGAUUGUAUUUGUUUGGUCUUCUCAUCCCAUGGUGGCUUGUCGAAUGAAAAUUUAGACUUGUGGAUUUCAACUGUUGAUGCAGUUCUUGAUCUUGUCCACAAAGUUUACGCCAAGAACCUUGAUAGCCACAAUAUGGGUGCUUUUACCCUGCAGUUUUCGUGCUUGGUACUUGAGCCAUUUGCCACAUUUUUGAGGGUCCAUCCAACUCGGAAAACAGGAUUUCAUGAUUUUAUAGAUAAACUUCUUGAGCCACUGAUGCAUUUGUUGGGUGUCUUGCAUCUUCAAAUUGGUGGAAGUUAUUCUCAUUGGACUGAAAACUUACUGAAACUAGUUCAAGAAGUUUUGUUUAAUGGUUUGUUUCAUCCAGUCCAUAUUGAUGGAUUUCUGAGCUUACAGAGUACAGAAAAGUAUGCCACAUAUUUUGAUGGCAAAUCAAAAAACACAAAAACUGUUAUUAAGAGUUAUCAUAGACACUUAUUUGAUAAACUGGAAAGAGUUCUGACUGAAAAGAAAGUAUCAGCAAUGGGUAGCAUUGGAGAACUAUUCCACUUACUUGUUGAUCGAGUCAAAGCACUAAAAAGGACUUCUGUGCUUUCUCUAGGUAACAAGAUGAUGGGGAAAACAGGUGCUUCAAGGCACUUGGAGGAUAACGCGUUCGAUAGAACGUCUAAGAUGUCUUUUGAAAGUAGUAGUGUACUUCUACACAAGAGCUAUUGCUCAAGUAGUUUUAAUGCAGACACACGAAAGUCUCUUUUUGAUUUUUUUGUACAGAUAAUGGAGCCUCUUUUGUUCAAGAUUAAUGCCUAUCUUCAAGUUAAAUUGGAAGUGGAACCUGACUUGUUGGAGGUUCAUGGAACUCUCAAAUCUAUUAAUAGUUUGCUUGCUAGCUUUAUGCAUGAAAAGGUCUAUGUAAGAACGGAGGACACCUCUGAAGGAGCUUGCCUUAAUUUCUUGAAGAAGGUUUAUGAUACGGUUAUAUCAUUUUCCACCAAUUUUUUCUGGUUGAAAAAAUAUGAUUUAGAUAACAAUACACACAUUGGCUCGUUAGCUUUAUCAGCCAACGAGGUACUUGUUGCUGUAGGUUAUCUUCUAGAAAUUGAGUACGAGGUUAUAGGGAAUGACUUGGUAAGCUUGUGGCUUAUGAUGUUUUCGUACUCGGCCAUUGGCCUGUCUUUGGUGGGUCUGGUGGAUCAAAGCUCAUUAUCUUCCAGGAUAGAAGCCCUUGGAUGCCAACUGGUUAAUCUAUAUAGUCAGCUACGCCAGGUGAAUACUGCUAUCUUUGACCUGUGCAAAGCAGUAAGGCUUGUAAUAUCAGGUGAUGAUGAUCGUGAGAUAAAUUACACUGGGUUUAUGGCUCCUUUACCUUCUGAAGCAUAUGCAAGAUCAGUGGGAAUGCUAUUAUCCUCCCAAGAGUUUAAAUGUGUUGUACAUAAUGCCAUUAGAACUAUACCAGAAGGGCAAGCGAGUGGAUGUGUUAGGCAGUUAACAGCAGAUAUAUCAGAAUCUCUAGAAUGGUUGAAAGUUAAUUGUUCAGUGGCUGAGGGAAAAGAAGUUGGUCAACUGAAAGUAAAUAGUGUGCAAAGUUUUGAUCUGCAAGCAGAACUUUUGGGAAGAGGAUUGUCUGAAUUGUAUGCACUAGUACUGAAUUCAGUGACUGUCACAACAGGUAACAGUAACCUCCUUGGAGUUUCUAUCAAGGACCUGAUGACACUGCUACAUCCUUGCAUGAAUUGCCUAGUUGGAAUAGAGCCGGAUACUGUCAAUAAGUUCCUUUUCUCUGUCACUGGAAGAAAUUUUAACAUUGGGGUGGCUGGGAAUAAAGGUGAUGUGCUGAAAUUUAGGUUUUCCACUUAUUGGGUCUUCGUGUUCUUCUUUCAGUUGUACAUGUGCUGCCGAAGCCUAUAUAGGCAAGCAAUCAGCCUUAUGCCUCCAGAUGUAUCAAAAAAGAUGUCAGCAGUGAUGGGAGAUUCAUUCACUGCAUACUCUGGAAAGGACUGGAUUGAGAGGACUGAUUGGGAUGAUAAGGGCUAUUUUUCUUGGAUUCUCCAACCUUCAGCUUCCCUUCUUGCUGUUGUACAAUCAGUUUCAAAUAUUUAUCUUCAGGGUGGCACUGAAGAUUGCUGCCCCUUAAUUUAUGUAUUGCAUGCUAUGGCUCUUCAGAGGCUUGUUGAUUUGAAUAGGCAGAUAAAGUCCCGUGAGUAUUUGCUGCAGAAUAAUGAUAAUCUGUUGCACAAUAACUUGGUUGAUGGUGCUGCCUUGUCACUGUAUCGCAAGAAAAGUAGAAAGUGGGAAAGACACAUCUCACUUUUGAAGCAAGAGGCAGCAGGUCUUGCUGAUUUCAUGAUGGGACAUCUUCGGUUAUUGGCUAAAGAUCAACAAUCGAUCUCUUCUGAUGAUGCCACUUGUAUGGAUAUAUCUGUCCAAGCUCUGCAUGAAACUGAAGAAUGGGAUUUCAGUAUUUGUACUGUGAACAAGAAGUCACUGCCCACUGCUAUUUGGUGGAUUGUUUGCCAAAAUAUUGAUAUUUGGUGCACUCAUGCUGCUAAAAAGAAGUUAAAGUUGUUGCUCUCACUUUUAAUUUGUACUUCCCUCCCCUCUUUAACAAGCAGCUUUGUGAAGGUUAGAAAGCAGCACAAUAAUGAACCUAGCCAGCUGAAGAAAGUAACAAUAAAUCAAAUGUCAUCAGAACUUCUAAGCGACUCAAGUUUUUAUGAACAAAAAUUUGUUCGCAGGUACUUUGCAUCUAGAUUUUGCCAUGUAUUGGAGAAAUCAGUAUCACUGCUAUCUAAACAUUUUUCGUCUGGCAAUGUUGAUUUGAAUUCGUUGCCUAAUUGGCCAGAGGUUCUUGAUGCAUUUGACAAGUCAUCAGUAAAUAUUUCCAGCAACAAACAUGUUACAUAUGAUCAUCUGUCAGAUUCAAAACCGAUCGCCCAUUCAUCUGAUAAAUUGCCAACAGAAAUUUGCAAGGAACAAAAAGCUCUACCUUCCAUCAGCAAGGAAGUUACAGCUUGUCAGAGUUUCCUUAAUCUUUUGUGUUGGAUGCCGAAAGGGUAUCUAAAUUCAAGAUCAUUAUUACUUUGUGCGACUUAUAUACUUAACCUUGAGAGGCUUGUAGUUGGCGGCUUGUUGGAAUGUCAGGGUAGUUUGUACACACAUAGUCAUCAUGAGCUUUUCAGAUUGUUUGUUUCUUGCCGGAAAGCCUUGAAAUAUAUAAUUAUGGCAGCUUGUGACAAGAAGACAGAAGCUAGUCAAUCCUCAUUUACUCCCAUAUUCCCUGAGGAUUCAAAUUUUGCUUUAUGGCUUUGCAAGUCAGUAUCUCUGGUGGUUGAGCUUCAACAGAGGGUAUCAGAAGAUAUUGCUAGUCAAGUUAAAGAUUUGACAUUUUCAUUGAUGGAUCACACAUCAUAUGUCUUCUUGACAUUAAGCAAAUAUCAAUUUAGUCAUUCUGUUCACUUCCUUUUAGAUGCAGAUCGUAAAGAGCAACCCUUUUCUGGCAAUGCCGACCAACAGAGUAACUUAAUUGAAUCUGAUCCAUGUUUGGAUUCCACCAACUGUAUUGAGGCCUGGAAAAGUGCAUCCCUUGUCGCCAAGAUUUUGAAGGAACAGACGCAAAGCUUUUUUAUCUCCCCAAAGGAUGCCCUUUGUACUGAAACAGUGGGUCUUGGUGUCAAUGUUGUAAAGUUGAAUAGAUUUUCUUCUGUAGCUUCUUGCUUUAGUGGGUUUUUAUGGGGUCUGGCAUCUGCAGUUGAUGAUACAAAUGCAAAAUAUAUUGAUAAUAAAGCAAAAUUAUUAGGGUGGGAUUGUGAACUUGUAUCGGAACUCAACCUUUGCAUAAAUGUGUUUGAAAAGUUCAUUAAUCUUUUCUUACAUGCAUUCCUCGUUGAUGAUCAACAAGCCAGAAGUUUCUAUGGCCCAGAUUUGGUGGAUGCAGAGGAGUUUUCACCGGAAGGUUCUCGUGCCCAGACUGAAAUUUCAUGUGGUAGACAGCAGCAAAAAUUGGCUGCUGCAAUGGCCUGCUCAACGUCAUUUGACAUUGAUGAUGACUCUGGAAAUGCUAGUUGUAAAAGGUCACAGUUGAAAGAUGCAAACUUUGCUGCCAGUCUUUUGACUGAGGUCGAUUCAUUUGACUUUCAAUGUAUAAACAAGCCUCUGUUGCAAAGUUUGCUAAAAGGUAAUUAUCCCGAUGUGGCAUUUUCACUCAGGCGGCUAUUAAUUGGUUCAUCAGCCAUAUUGAAGCUAAAAUUGCACAUCAAUAGGAUUUCCUCACUCUCAAGCUUGGUUCCCUUUUUAGUUGGCAUCUCACAAGUCUUGUUAUUGGGUUUUGUGGAUAUGGCUGAAAUACCACAACCAUUUUCUUUUGUUUGGUUGGAUGGUGUUCUGAAGUAUCUGGAAGAGUUAGGAAAUCAUUUUCCUUCAACUAAUCCUACCUUAUCAAGAAAUGUGUAUGCGAAGCUGAUAGACUUACACUUGAAGGCUAUAGGAAAAUGCCUAACUUUGCAAGGAAAAAGAGCUACUCUAGCAUCUCACGAGACAGAGUCAAGUACUAAGACACUCCAUGGUCAUACAGGAUUAUCUGAAGCAUCUAAUUCUCAUGGGCCAUAUUGCUUGGAUGAAUUUAAAGCUAGAUUAAGGAUGUCAUUUAAAAUGUUCAUAAAGAAACCAUCAGAAUUGCAUCUCUUGUCUGCCAUCCAGGCUAUAGAGAGAGCACUAGUUGGAGUCCGUGACGGAUACACAACGAUCUAUGACAUAACUACCGGAAUUGCGGAAGGUAGAAAGGUUUCCUCAGUUGUUGCAGCUGGCAUUGAUUGCUUCGAUCUGGUUCUUGAACAUGUUUCAGGACGCAAACGUUUGAAUGUGGUAAAAAGACACAUUCAGGGCUUAAUUGCGGGCUUGUUCAACAUAAUUCUGCACUUGCAGAGUCCUUUAAUUUUCUACAUGAGAUCUAUCCAUAAUAAAGAUGAUACUAAUCCAGAUCCAGGAUCAGUCAUUCUUAUGUGCGUUGAAGUACUCAUAAGAGUUUCUGGAAAACAUGCUCUUUUCCAAAUGGAUGCCUGGCAUGUAGGACAGUCUUUACGUAUUCCUGCUGCACUUUUUCAAGAUUUUUGUCAGCUUAAACUUUCUGAAGCUCCCAUUUCAUCUCAUCCUUCCUUAAACAUGGAUAACCAAGUCUCUGAUCCACUGGCAAGCAUGGAUUUCUGUGUUAUAGAUCGGUACUUCUCAAUUGACCUAUUUGCUGCAUGUUGUAGAUUAUUGUAUACAGUUCUUAAGCAUCACAAAAGUGAAUGUGAGCGGUGUAUUGCUCUACUUGAAGCCUCUGUUUCUGUUCUUCUUCAUUGUUUGGAGAUGGUGGAUACUGAUUCAGUUGUCAGAAAAGAAUAUUUUUCGUGGGAAUUAGAAGAGGGAGUAAAAUGUGCUUGUUUUCUCCGAAGGAUUUAUGAGGAGAUAAGACAGCAAAAAGAUGUCCUUGGUGGCCAUUGUUCUCAGUUUUUGUCCAGUUACAUAUGGGUUUAUUCGGGAUAUGGCCCCCGUAAAACUGGCAUCAAAAGGGAAAUAGACGAAGCUCUAAGACCAGGUAUAUAUGCUUUAAUUGAUGCCUGCUCAGCAGAUGAUCUUCAAUAUCUUCAUACUGUAUUUGGAGAGGGUCCUUGCAGAAACACACUAGCAACCCUGCGACAUGAUUACAAACUCAAUUUCCAGUAUCAAGGAAAAGUCUAAUCUAAAUUUUGUUUUUCCUCUGGCUGGAAAUAUCUGAUCAAAUCAAGUAGUUGCAGAUAACACAGCUGUAGGUUGUUGUAAUAUUUAAUUAAGGUUUUUUUUGGGUCCUGGUAGGUUGCGCCUUAGAAUUAGAUGCCUAAAUUGUAGUUGGGUUAAAGUGUACAUAUGAACUGAAUUACCUAACUCUUCGUUUGGGAAAAUCAAACCUUCAUUCAUCGGGAGUAAAAAAAAAAGAAGAAAGAGGAAUUGCCUAGCACCAUUUCUUGAUUCCGUUGUAACCUUUCAAGUGUAAAAUGGCUUCAACAGUGUUGUAAAGUGCAAUCAUGCUUUAAAAAAUUUCUAGUUUUUAAUUGA